UGUUUGUUAUUAUCAGUCAAUCUCCUGUUUCAGUGUUGAUUUAUUAGUUGAGCAAGGCACCAGAGGGAUUCCCUUGUAUGCAAAAAAGUCUUGGUCCAAACCUUUGAGAUGGUCAGAUAUCUUGUUAUUCACAAACGUUGCUGCUUCGGUUUUUCCCGUGGCAAUUUGCAUUGAGUUGCACAGAUCAGAUAGAAUUAAUUGCAAAUUCAUAAAGUCAACUUCAUUUGUACUUUGUUUUAGCUUUGCUUGCAUCACUUUUAAUUAUAUUUUAAACGGGUCAAGGGAAAGUGUUUAUGAGCACAGGACAUCUGAUAUCAUUCUGUUACUCAGAUUGAAUUAGAAGUGUAGAAUAGAUUCUGCUGAUGUUGCAACCCAAAUAUUCAUCAAAUCCUCAAGAACAAAAAGGAAAGAGGUUCCACUGCUGUAAAGAAAGUUUCAAGAUGCUCUAGAAGAAGUCCAGUCUGAGGCAUGGAACCAUCUCAAGAGGACUCAACUAAAGGAUUGGGUUGCCACCAGUGCAGAGCUUGCUCCUGAAUGGCAACAUGCCGCUGUGUUUCUGCAUGCACAAUAAGGUGGAGGUGGGGUCAAGAAGGGUAGCAAAGAAACCUCUUUUAUCAAAGUAAAAUAUCAAUAGUUUGUGAGGAGCAGGAAGAGUAAUUAUCAGCCAUGGAGCGCAUCAUGGGAGGAGGAAUGCUUCCUCUGGUUUUAACAAGUGUGGGAGUCUUGCUGCUUUACCGGAUACUGGUCCGCCUGAGACGGGGGGCUCCCAUGCAUGGUGCAGUCGUGGUCAUCACAGGAGCCAGUUCUGGGCUUGGAAAAGAGUGUGCCAGAGUCUUCCACGCUGCAGGUGCUCGGCUUGUGUUGUGUGGAAGAGAUGCAGCCCGGUUGCAGGAGGUGGUCCAGGAGCUUAGUGGAAGCUCAACAGACAUUCAGCACCAGCAGACGUUCACUCCCAACACUGUUGUCUUCAACCUGGUCAGAGCAGACUCUGUGGAAAAAGCUGCCCAAGAGAUCCUAAAAUGUUAUGGACACAUAGACGUCCUCAUCAACAAUGCAGGAAUCAGUUACCGUGGCAACAUACUGGACACCCACAUAGCUGUUCAAAGGGAUGUUAUGGAAACCAAUUACUUUGGUCCCAUUGCUCUCACUCAAGCUCUCCUGCCCUCGAUGAUUCAGAGACGCAGCGGUCACAUCGUUGUCAUCAGCAGCGUCCAGGGAAAGAUAGCCAUUCCUUACAGAUCUGCUUAUGCAGCAUCUAAACAUGCCACUCAGGCUUACUUUGACUGCCUGCGGGCAGAGAUUGGCCACUUGGGGAUCCCAGUGACGGUGGUCAGCCCUGGCUACAUCCGAACCAACCUGUCGGUCAAUGCAGUAACUGGAGAUGGCUCCAAGUAUGGAGUUUUGGAUAAAACCACAGCAUCAGGUUGGGACCCCAGGGAUGUUGCCGACGCGGUUCUGAAGGCUGUCCGGCAGAAAAGCAAAGACGUGGUUUUAGCUGGAACUGUGCCCACUGUGGCCAUCUACCUUCGCACCCUGUGGCCCGCUCUCUUCUUCAAACUCAUGUCGUCUCGGGCUCGCAAAGAGCAGAAACAUAAAGAUGAGUGAUGCAGCCGCUAAAGGGGGAUAAUGUUGAGUGAUCCAGACCAAACUGGGACACCGGAUUCGCUACGCCAAACAGAGACUGGACUCUGGUAACUCUUCACGUUGCUGGACCCGGUUCCAGUUCUAGCAGAAACCAGUGUGUUGUUAUAUGAUGUGUGACUGCAGUGAAAAUGUUCUGGGACUCAGGCUGUGGCCUUAGCUUUUUGUCAGAAAUAUUUUUGACAGAAAUGAUGUGUAAGAAUGACCAGGAACAUCUGUUUAAAAUAAAUUUGUAAACGCCA